AUGAAGACCGGGUGCCUUGGUCACUACCUAAGGAGGCGACCUAGGCUGCCAAAGUUGGGCGCCACUGAAAGGAAGGCGCUCGGGGCGUCGUUGGUUGUUGAUCGUGGAAGGACCAUCAUUAGGGAAGGCGAGGUUGAGGGAUGCAUCAGUGAAAGGCACCUCAGGCCACUGGUUGGAGAUCGCGUCGCUCAUGGAUCGUUGAGAAGAACUGGCGCUCCUGGGUGCUGGGCAAGGGCCGGCGAGCACGGAGGUGGCCCUGCUAGGCAAUCGGCAUGGCCAAGCAAACGUGCAGGCGACACCGGUGAUUGCUGG